AUGGACAUAGAAUCCGGACCUGAGGCGAAAGACUCUUCUGGAGAUGAGGCUACACCAAAGAAGAUCCUGGUCGAGCAAUUUAGAAGACACAAGUCCCCUACUUUCAAUGGAGCAGCUGAUCCACUUGCAUUCAAGGAGUGGCUUCACAAGUUGGAGAGAAUAUUCCGAUUAAUAGGGUGCACGGACGCUCAGAAGGUCCAGUUUGUUGAGUUUAUGUUCUCCGGUGAUGCAAGCCACUGGUAUGCUCCACAUCUGGUGGAUACGGAGGACAAGAAAGUCAGGAGGUUUGAACAAGGGUUGAACCCAGAUAUAAGCAUGAUACUUGUGUCCCAUCGUUUUACCUCAUACCGUAAAAUGUUGGAAAGAGCUCAUGCUAUCUGGUACCUGAAGACUAGCACCGAGCAAUAUAGUAAAUUGUUCAAUCAACCGGACAAUAGAAAUAUGGGUAAAAGGAAAUGGAAUGGCCAGGACAAGGGAAAGAGCAAGUGGCAAAACAAGAAAGCUAAUGGCGGAGUCAAUGCCAACAAGAGUAUUGUGCCAGUUAUAGAGCCAUGUCCUAAGUGUGGAAAGACGCAUCGUGGCGUGUGUUUACAAGGGAAGAAUGUCUGUUUCAGAUGUGACAAGCCAGGGCAUAUUUUUAAGGAUUGCCCCACAUUUACCCCGAAGAAGGAUGAUAACAAUGACUAG